UUACGUGUCAUCUUCGUCACGUAGUUUUACAACUUCCCGAAAAAUGUAUAUAUAUACACAACUACUUUGCCAAGUGUCGGGCUAGCUAACUUAGCCAGUAAGCAAAACAACCCCAGUUGUCGUUCUGUCAGAAUCAGGCUUCAGCCAGACAACUAACGUUAGCUAACCACAUCUAAAACUGGCACGUGUUUCCACAGGGUUGUUCUGGAAGCUUUAUAAGUGAAGCAAGUUUUUGUCGUCCUCCAGACUCCCCCAAUGUCAACCACACAGAAGCCUCUGCGUGUUGGAUUAAUGGUUGACCUGUUCUAGUUGGAGGCUCUGUGGUCAAACGUCUCAGGGAGGAGGAGAUGCAUCGUGUUCUGUCCCAGGGUGCAUUGCGGCAGAUGGCCUACGUGCGGCCUGUGGUCGUGGGCCUGUCGGUGUGUGAGGCUCGCCUGGCCGUGUCGGUGUGUAUUGUAGGCCGCCUGCCCCCCGGGCCCGGCCAGCGCUGGGUCAGUACCUCAGCCUUUAACAGGGCAGUAGAACAGCCCAAGCUCCGGCCGGAGGACCAGGACCCACCCAGCCAUCCCCUCAGCCUGGCUGGAACAGAGCCCGUCUAUGGGGCAGACUCCUCCAAGCUGCCUGUGGAGGCCCCACCGGAGGCUCCAGAGAUAGACCCUCUGCAGGACAAGUCCAUUGGUCUGGUCCAGAGGUUCAAGAAGACCUUCAAGCAGUAUGGGAAGGUGAUGAUACCUGUCCAUCUCCUGACCUCCAGCGUCUGGUUCGGGACCUUCUACUACGCUGCUAUGCAGGGAGUGAAUGUGGUGCCUUUUCUGGAGUUCAUUGGUUUACCAGAGAAGAUCGUUGGUCUGCUGAAUCACUCUUCUGGCGGCUAUGCCCUCACUGCCUACGCCAUGUACAAGAUUGCAACACCCGCCAGAUACACGGUGACUCUGGGUGGGACGUCCUUCUCGGUGCAGUACCUCCGUAAACACGGCUACUUCUCCACCCCUCCGCCCGUCAAAGACUACCUGCAGGACCGGAUGGAAGAGACCAGGGAGAAACUCACAGAGAAAAUGGAGGAAACUAAGGAACUGUUCUCUGAAAAAAUGGAGGAAACCAAAGAACUACUCUCGGGGAAAAUGGAAGAUACGAAAGAACGAUUGUCUGGUAUUUCCGAAAAGAUGGAGGAGACGAAAGAAAGAUUUUCUGGAAAGAUGGAGGAGACGAAAGAACGUUUCUCUGGAAAGAUGGAGGAGACGAAAGAACGUUUCUCUGGAAAGAUGGAGGAGACGAAAGAACGUUUCUCUGGAAAGAUGGGGGAGACGAAAGACACGUUCUCUGAUACACUACAGGAAGCCAAAGACAAAGUGUCUUACCGAAAGAAGCUCGAUUAGUCUAGUUUACUACAAGUGGUUGUGAAUAAACACACGUUUGGUGUCUUCAAUGUGGUCGGGGUCAAAGACAGAAUUAAGGAACAUAUUAUGAACCUAUUGUUGAGAGACGAAUGAGUCCAGACAAUUACUGUUCUUCUGCAAUUCCUGACUGCCAUUAUACCUGCUAUAAGGAGGAGGCUGGUGGGAUUUGUCAAUUGUAUUAGAAUACACUGAGGAGCAUUAUGAAUUCUCGGGGAAUGAAAAAUAAAAUUCCUGUUUUAAUUCAUCAUCGUCCAUCAAAGCCUCAUGAAGACUGUAACUGCUUGUGUCUUUCAACGUUUUAAAUCACGUUUUCCUAAUGUCUUUUUAAUCCAAUACCCACCCAAGUUUAAUAUAUUGUAUUAUUUUUGUGUUCCUACUACCUAAUGUCUAGUCAACUGAAAGUUGUGCAUUUAAUAGGAAGUGUGAUUACAGAAGUCGUUUGAUUGAUUCCUUAAAGGGGAUACUUCCGGAUGUUGGCAAUGCAGCCCUUUAUCUACUUCCACAGUCAGAUGAAAUCAUGGACAAAAUCCAGAAGUAUCCCUUUAAGUUGCUCUGUGGAUAUUACAGAGUUAUUCCACCAAAAUGCAAACCACAGUCUGAACAGAAGGGUGUUGGGUACUGUAGUACCAGUUAUUGGACUGUACUGUUAAUGUCAUGUCUGGUAUGAUCACAAUUUGCAAUAAAGCAGAAUAUUGAGCUUCCAAACAUC